AUGAAGUCGUUGAUCCUGGCAUUAAUUUGUAUCCACCUGUCAAAAGGUAUACAUAGAAUCAUUCUGAAGACAGGAAAAUCCAUUCGUGAAAAUAUGAGAGAAAAUGGAGUGUUGGAAGAAUUUUUAGAAAAAUACCAUAUUGACCCUGGAUUAAAAUAUCAGUUCAAUAAAUUUGGUGUUACAUAUGAACCAAUGACCAAUUAUUUGGACUCUUUUUACUUUGGAAAAAUAAGCAUUGGGACUCCACCACAAGAUUUUCUUGUUGCUUUGGACACCGGCUCUGGUGAUCUGUGGGUACCUUCUACAUACUGUACAACAAAGGCCUGUGGAAACCAUAAUCUAUUUAACCCAAAACAGUCAUCUACUUAUUACAGCUAUAGUGACCAAACCUACGUCCUGGGCUAUGGAUCUGGUGACUUGAGUAUAAUGCUAGGUUUUGAUACUGUACGGAUCCAGAAUAUUGUAGUUCAAAAGCAAGAGUUUGGAUUGAGUGUGAAUGAACCCACCCAACCCUUCUACUAUAGCUACUUUGAUGGCAUUUUGGGUUUGACCAAUCCUUCUCCAAAUUACGGGGGAUCAUACACACUCUUGCACCAGAUGAUGAGUCAAAACCAGAUUUCUGAACCCAUUUUUAGCUUUUACUUCUCACGCCAACCAACUUAUCAAUAUGGAGGAGAACUGAUAUUGGGAGGCAUUGACCCCCAGAUGUACACUGGGGAAAUUACCUGGGCCCCUAUGACUGACCAGGGUUACUGGCAGAUCGGUAUAGAAGAAUUUUCUAUUGGCAACAAGGCCACUGGCUGGUGCAGUGAAGGCUGCCAGGGCAUUGUGGACACGGGAACAUUUUUGCUAACUAUUCCACAACAAUAUUUAACGGAUUUCGUUCAGACUGUAAAUGAUGGUUACGAUGGUUCAUAUGCGGUGGACUGCAACAAUGUCCAGAAUAUGCCUACCAUUACCUUUUUCAUUAAUGGUUCCCAGUUCCCACUUCCUCCUUCUGCUUAUGUCUCCAAUAACAAUGGCCAGUGUUCACUUGCAAUUGAGCCAACAUAUGUGUCUUCCUCAACUGGGCAGCCUCUAUGGAUCCUGGGUGAUGUCUUCCUUAAAGAGUAUUAUUCUAUUUUUGACAUGGGAAACAACAGGGUUGGUUUGGCCCCAUCAGCCUAA